AUGGGAAUCAAAGGGUUGUACAAAGUGGUUUCCGACCACGCGCCGGGGGCGAUUCGGAUCACAGACUGGAAAGCCUUGGGCGGCCGCAAAGUUGCCAUCGAUGCGUCGAUGUCGCUUUAUCAGUUUCUCAUCGCGGUGCGCCAGAAUGACGGGUUCCAGUUAGCUGGAUCAGACGGUGAAACUACCAGUCAUUUGAUUGGCAUGUUCUACCGGACAAUUCGAAUCAUCGAGAACGGGCUGAAGCCUGCCUACGUCUUUGACGGGAAGCCCCCUGAUCUCAAGAGCGAGGAGCUGAAAAAACGUGACGCUUUACGCGAAAAGGCUACCAAGUCAAAGGAAGACGCGGCCACCAGCGAAGACGUGAACAGAUUUGAACGCCGCACAGUUAAAGUCACUCGAGAACAGAACGAGGAAGCUAAGAAGCUACUUCGUCUCAUGGGCAUCCCGGUGAUUGAGGCUCCUGGCGAAGCAGAAGCUCAAUGCGCGAUCUUGGCCAAAGCUAACAAAGUAUACGCAGCUGCCACCGAGGACAUGGACACUUUGACAUUCGGCAGUCCCAUCCUGCUGCGCCAUCUAACUGCAGGGGAUCAAAAGAAGUCGCCCAUCACCGAGUUGAACACCGGCAAGGUUCUAGAGGAGAUGCGGCUUUCGCGUGAAGAGUUCGUCGACCUAUGUAUUUUGUUGGGCUGUGAUUAUUGCGACCCAAUUCGCGGAAUGGGCCCCACUACUGCUGUCAAACUAAUGAAGGAAUUCCAUUCCAUCGAUAAAAUCAAGGCCCAUCUAGAUGAAAAAGGUGGCAAAGUUCAGAUCCCCGACGACUGGCCAUACGAGGCUGUCCGCAAGCUCUUCCACGAGCCAGACACCACUCCGGCCGACCAGGUAGAGCUCAAAUGGACAGAUCCAGAUGUUGAAGGGCUCGUAGAGUUCCUCGUCAAAGAAAAGGGCUUUAGUGAAGACCGCGUUCGAUCCGGUGCUGCCAAGCUCACAAAGGGGUCUUCGGUAGCGCCCCAAGGCCGAUUGACCGAUUUCUUCAAGGUCUCUAAACGUCCGGCGACCCCAGACAAACCAGCGAACAAAAAGAAAGCCAAAAAAUAG